AUGGUCUCCAUGGUCGAGACCUCCAACGAGCACAAUGACACGGUCAUGGAACCGAUGCCGAAGACCGAGCCCGGCCAGGAUGGCUCGCUGAGCUCCAUGUCCACCCCGGACGCCGAGGCAGAGCCCAUGACACAGGAUCCCGCCCAGACGCAGAAGAGGAAAGGUGGUCGCAAGCCGAUCUACGCCACCUCCGAGGAACGCAAGCAGCGCAACCGUCAGGCGCAGGCGGCAUUCCGCGAGCGUCGGACAGAGUACAUCCGCCAGCUGGAGACCACCAUCAAGCGGAAUGAAGACUCUUUGCAGAGUCUGCAGCAGAGCCAUCGCAGCGCCGCCGAUGAGUGCCUGAUGCUGCGAUAUAAAAACUCUCUGUUGGAGCGGAUUCUCCUUGAAAAGGGUAUCGAUGUGCAAGCAGAGUUACGGCUGAAGACCGGCGCCCCCGGGGCCUCGGCCAAACCAAAUCCACCAAUGCCCAAAUCCGCACCUGGUGCACCCCGUUCUGCGCAACGGCAUCCCGCAGGCAUCGCCUCCAAGCCCGAGGCGUUCGGCAUGUCGCAGCGAGAGGGUGCUUAUGGCAUUCCGUCCCCACAAUUCCAGGCCACGCCGACUUCCCACGUCUCGUCGCCGUCACAAACCAAGUCACCCGGCUUCGGUUUUCACGGCGCCAUGUCUCCCGUCACCGUCGAGUCGCAGGGUACGGGUCGCCCGCAGCUACUGCCGCAGCCUCGGGCCUUCAACCACCAAACGUCGCCGCCGGCCAUCAGCAUGCCCCAAACUGACCCGGCCGAUCCCAAACCUCGAGGGCCAGGAGCCAUGGGGCCGCGCGGGUCGCGAGUCGCAGCAGCAUACUAUCCGUCGCCAUUCCAAAAGCACUACGAUCAACUUGAACAAGAAUACGAUGCACAGGCCGAUCUGGUCGACGAGGACCACGAUGGGUCCGUAAAUACCCCCUAUGUGUCCGGGUUUACCCCCCAGUCGGUAGCCUCGGGCUCGCAGAGCAUCGCGGGCUUUAAUGCCCCGGGCAGCGACGGAGCCGGGGGGUUCGGAAACAACAACCAGCUGCUAGGCCAGUAUGAGCCAAUGCUCGAUGCGGAUCCGUUCGGACUGAGUGCCAGCAUGCACUUCCCAACUCCCUUCAACUACGAGCAAAGCAACCGCAACUGA